GAUGUUGUGAGGAACAGGGACGCAGCAGGCUACAAGCGAUGGCAUCGUCCAACAUUUUCUCCACAGUUUGCGCAGCUGUGAAGUAGCUGUAACUCAACAAGAAGGUGGGAGCGCCGCUCAGUGUUUCCAUGGCCGUCGGCUGAUGGGCGAAGCGAUGCGGCACCACUGGCUGCUCCUAGGGGCUUGCGGCUGGGUGCUGCUCAUCCUGAUGUUUGCCAGCAAGUUCAUCAGCUUCAGAGCUGUAGAUGACUAUGGAGAGAGGGUUGGUGGUCAGAGUUGGACAGUGCCAGGCACCAAGGGGGUUAAACCUCUUCCUGUUUCCAGGCCAGAAAAACCAGCUCCAAAGCUGUCUGAUCAGCCCUCAGCAGCUGCACCCACACGGGCAGAUUGGCAGUCAGUCGGCGAGAGGCGAAUCGAGUUGCUCUCAACAGUAUGUAAGAACAGCAGCCUCAGGAAUUUGACUCACGUCUCCAUCAGCAAGUUCGUCCUGGACCGCAUCUUUGUCUGCGACAAACACAAGAUCUUGUUCUGCCAGACGCCUAAAGUGGGCAACACACAAUGGAAGAAGGUCCUCAUUGUGCUCAAUGGAGCGUUCUCCACUGUGGAGGAGAUCCCAGAAAACCUCGUACAUGACCAUGAGAAGAACGGCCUGCCCCGUCUCUCAUCACUCACGCCACAGGAAAUUACUCACAGAUUAAACACUUACUUUAAGUUUUUCAUCGUGAGAGAUCCCUUUGAGCGCCUGAUUUCUGCAUUCAAGGACAAGUUUGUCAAGAACCCGCGCUUUGAGCCUUGGUACAAGCAUGACAUCGCUCCAGCCAUCAUCCGUAAGUACCGCAAGAGCCACAGAUACAGCGACCUUGCUGCCUCUGGCCUGCACUUUGAGGACUUUGUCCGUUAUUUGGGUGAUAUGGAAGGGCGUCACCGCAUGGACAGGCAGUUUGGUGAGCACAUCAUUCACUGGGUGACUUAUGCAGACUUGUGCGCACCAUGUGAAAUACACUACAGUGUGGUGGGCCACCAUGAGACACUGGAGCAAGAUGCCCCGUACAUCCUCAAAGCAGCGGGCAUCGACCAGCUGGUGUCCUACCCAGCCAUUCCUCCAGGCAUCACCCGCUACAACAGGACCAAGGUGGAGCACUACUUCUCAGGCAUCAGCAAGAGGGACAUCAGGCGUCUCUACGCACGUUACCAGGGUGACUUCCACCUAUUUGGUUACCCAAGCCCAGACUUUCUACUGAACUAAAAUGAUUAACACUGGCUAAAAGACAUGUUUUCAUAGAAAUCCUCACAUUUUUGGAUUCCUGAAACAGGUGGUGGAGAUGGAGGUUUAUUGUAGCUGACUGACAGACCUAGAUGGCUGGUACGCAGUAGAUUGCACAAUGUAACAUAUUUGCAGUGACUGAACAGUGCUGCCUAAUAUUCAUAUGUGUUUAACAGUUUUAUUGAGAGAGGAGAUCUGUGAGGCCUGGAUACGCUGAAGAGAGGCACAUAGUGAGAUUUAGCUGUCAAAUACAGGUACAGAUCAAAUGGAGACACAUUUGCUAUCUUGUAUUUAAUGUUAAUUAUCCUCGUAUGUCAAAGAGGUGUACUCUGUAAUGCCAGGGAUACAGGCCCGUUACCCUGUAAUGUAGCUAUUAUACUGCACUGUAUGAAUCACCAGUAACAAUGAUUCAUCCUAUCGAGGAAAGCUAUGGACAAUGCUACGCGUUUUGACAUGUCUUUUCUGUACUUCUUGCCAUCAUGCUAGACGUAGGCGAAGAUAGUCUGUAUCAGGGAUGCUCAAAUUUGUGGACAAGGCAAGUGACCGGCAAGAAUACAAUAAGAAUUGAUUGGACGCUGAUAUUUUUCAUCGAUGUUUCUAUGAGCUGCAAAUCAGCGUUAACUUUCUACAUUUUUUUACCAUUGGUUUUUGCUUUGUGCAAGUUAUGUGGAUGUCUCGUAGGACAGUACAUUACUCUUCAACUAUCAUGAAGUAGCAUCAGAAUGGUCCAAAAAAUGCCUGUCACCCUGAAACAAAGACCUUGGUCUUGCCCUGAUCCACGCUGUAGACAUUGUUCCAGUUGUUUCGCCUUAACUAAAACUGACGAAAGUUAUCAAAUGUGUUUGACUCCUUGUUUUCGGCUGUUACUGCGCUGGGACGUUGAAGGAAAUUGGCACUGGAUUUUAAAGCGUCAUUUUUCUAUCAGAAAUGUACUGUGUAAAUGUUCUUAACAUGACUUGCAACUCAACAUUUGUAUUACAUGUUGCUAUUUAUAAUAUUAACCUGCUGACUGGUGGCGCGAUCAGUACCUCAGUUCUUAGAUGGUACUGCUUCUCUGCAACCACCUGGUGACCUUUUGGACAGGUGGUCAUAAUACAAGGACAACACUAGUUCGUAAUAAAGUUCCAUGUGAAAUGAAAGAAUGUGUGUUGUUACAUUGCUGCUUUCUGGUAGGAGUGAGAAUACAUGAUGCACACAAAAUCAGUCUUCCUUUGCGAGGAGGAAAGCUUUUCAUGUCCAAAUUGUUGGUAAUGUGAGAAUAUGUAUGUAAAAACAAACUGAU